AUGACCGAGGCGCUGAGCAAGAUGGUUCCCGAGUGGCGCGAGACGAUGGGCAACUCGACCGACACGCUGCCCUAUUUCCCGGCGCGGGCCUCCGGGCGGGUCGUCGGCGCCUCGCUCGUGGGUAACGCGCUGCUCAACUCCCUGGUGAACCUGCCCUACUCGUUCGGCUUCUACCACAACCUCGACGUGGUGACCUCGCGCACGCUCAAGGCCGUGUCGCUCUACAACGAGGCGGGCAACGUGGUGCGCUGCAACACCACCACCAUCAGUUCAACCCUCCAUGACCGCAAGGACAGCAUCGCGCCCAUCAUCACACUGACGCCGGGAGCGAACAGCUGGCCGAUGGUGCUGGUCAACUACGUCACGAUCCACACCAGUGAAACGAAGGACUGCGUCAAGGCGGGAGGCCUGCUCGACUACCUCUACUGGACCCAGACCGACUCCGACGCCGCAGACAUGGCCACGGCAGCCGGUGUGGUGGUUGCCAGCACGAUCGCUUCGGUGAAGCGGCGGUUGCUCACCCUGUUGGCAAGCACGACGUGCGACGACGGCGUGGCGGCGAGCUCGCUCCACGGCUGCAUCAUCGACGGCACCCUCUGCUCCGACCACGGCACCUGCACCGACGGCGCCUGCCAGUGUGACUCCGGGUGGGAGGGCGACUACUGCGAUAGCCAGAGGUCGGCCGGAGCUGACGUAGCGCUCAUCGUGGGCCUCUCGGUGGCCAUUCCCAUCGUGUCGCUGGUCUUCCUGGUGCUCGUGUGCGCGCUCGUGGCGCUGUUCGUGUACGCGCGCCGCAACCGGCGCGGCAAGGAUGACUGGGAGAUCGACGCCGACGAGCUCGAGAUGGGCGCCCACCUGGGCACGGGCGGGUUCGGCGAGGUGCACCGGGCCAUGUGGAAGGGCACCGAGGUGGCGGUCAAGAUGAUGACCUCGGCCAACGUGACGCGCGACAUGGAGCGCAACUUCAAGGACGAGGUGCGCGUCAUGACCGCGCUGCGGCACCCCAACGUGGUCCUCUUCAUGGCCGCCUCCACCAAGCCGCCCAAGAUGUGCAUUGUCAUGGAGUUCAUGACCCUUGGCUCGCUGUACGACCUGCUACAUAACGAGCUCGUGCCGGACAUCCCGUACAUGCUGAAGGUGAAGAUGGCCUACCAGGCGGCCAAGGGCAUGCACUUCCUCCACUCGUCGGGCAUCGUGCACCGCGACCUCAAGUCGCUCAACCUGCUGCUCGACAACAAGUGGAACGUCAAGGUGUCCGACUUUGGCCUCACCAAGUUCAAGGAGGACAUCAAGAGCGCCAAGCUCGGCGGCGCCAUGGCGGGCAGCGUGCACUGGACCGCACCCGAGGUGCUCAACGAGACACCCGGCGCCGACCUGGUCCUCGCUGACGUCUACUCUUUCGGCAUCAUCCUGUGGGAGCUGCUGACGAGGCAGCAGCCCUACGCGGGGCUGAGCCCGGCGGCGGUGGCGGUGGCGGUGAUCCGGGACAACCUGCGGCCGACGAUUCCCGACGAGCACGGCGCGCCGGCCGAGUUCGAGGCCCUCAUGACCAGCUGCUGGAACGUGGACCCCGUCAUCCGGCCCGCCUUCCUCGAGAUCAUGACCCGCCUCAGCACCGAGAUGGGCGCGCAGGGAUCGUCGUUCAAGACCGGAUCGUCGUCAACGUCGUCCAUUCACGGCAUGACGUCGUCGUGGACCGCCUCGGCCGGCACCAGCAGCUCCGGCGGCGGCAACUCCAGCUCUUCAGGCGGCAACUCGGACGGGUCAAUGGGCGCAGCAGGCGCGGUUGGCGCGGGCGUGCGGGCGCCAGAGGGCGAGGUGGCGAUCGUGUUCUCGGACAUCACGCGCGCGGCCUCGCUGUGGGACAGCAACGCGAUGGCCAUGCGCGACGCGACGCUGCUGCACAACGAGACGCUGCGCGCGGUGCUCAAGAAGCACGGCGGGUACGAGGUGGUGUUCCUGCGCGACCGCAACAGCGGCGAGGGCUCCUUCUGCAUGGCCUUCCAGGAGGCGAGCGCGGCGCUCGAGUGGUGCAUGGAGGUGCAGCAGGAGCUGCUCAAGGUCGACUGGCCCGCCGAGCUCGUGGCCCAUCCCGGCGCCGCCGAGGAGUGGGGCGACAACGACGAUCGAGUGCUGUUCAAGGGACUGCGGGUGCGGAUGGGCGUGCACUGGGGCAAGCCGCGCGUGGUCAAGGACCCGAUGACGCGGCGCGUGGAGUACAUAGGACCGGUGGUCAAUGCCGCCGCCCGCAUCACCGCCCUCACUCACGGCGGCCAAGUGCUGCUGUCGCACGCGGUGUUCAACAAACUGAAGGGCACGGCGGUCGGGGAGGAGAGCAAGCGCAUCCAGUGCCUGGGUCGGUUCGAGAUGCCGGAUUCGCCGUCGGGGUCGAAGCUGUUCGAGCUCAAGGUGCGCGGCCUCGAGGCCCGCUUCUUCGGCGGCGUCUCGCCCGCCGCCGCUGGCGACCACUCGUCAUCGCAGACCCACACCUCGGCCGAUGAUGAUGAGGAGCGCUCACAGAUGAGCGCCCAGUCCGGCUCGACCGACGACACAGGCGGUGGCGAGCUGCAGACGGCGGUGGGCGAGGGCAUGAUGUUCAAGGAGGACAACUUCCUCACUUCGGCCAACCUGUGCCGAUGGGUGAUCGACUUCAGCGAGGUGCAGCUCGGGCGGCAGGUGGGCCUCGGGUCGUACGGCGUGGUGUACCGGGGCAAGUGGAAGGGCGUCGACGUGGCGGUGAAGCGGUUCAUCAAGCAGAAGCUGGACGAGCGGCGCAUGCUCGAGUUCCGCGCCGAGAUGGCCUUCCUCUCCGAGCUGCACCACCCCAACAUCGUGCUCUUCAUCGGGGCGUGCGUGAAGCGGCCCAACCUGUGCAUCGUGACCGAGUUCGUCAAGCAGGGCAGCCUGCAGGACAUCCUGUCGGAGGGCGCCAUCAAGCUCACCUUCGGCCAGAAGCUGCGCAUGCUGCGAUCGGCGGCGCUGGGCAUCAACUACCUCCACUCGCUCCACCCGGUGAUCGUGCACCGCGACCUCAAGCCAUCGAACCUGCUCGUGGACGAGAACUGGAACGUCAAGGUGGCCGACUUCGGGUUCGCGCGCAUCAAGGAGGAGAACGCGACGAUGACCCGGUGCGGCACGCCGUGCUGGACGGCGCCGGAGGUGAUCCGCGGGGAGAAGUACUCGGAGACGGCCGACGUGUACUCGUUCGGCGUCGUCAUGUGGCAGGUGCUCACGCGCAAGCAGCCCUUCGCCGGGCGCAACUUCAUGGGCGUGUCGCUCGACGUGCUCGAGGGCCGGCGGCCGCAGGUGCCCGGCGAGUGCCCGCAGGCCUUCAAGAAGGUGAUGAAGAAGUGCUGGCAUGGCGACGCCCACCGCCGCCCGUCCAUGGAGACCGUCGUCGCCUUCUUCGACUCGGCCCUCGGCGAAGAGGACGGCGCCGCCCCCACCGACAUGGACCCCUGA